CCGAGGCGACGAAGCCGGGGGCGGGGAGGAGCGGGGCGCGAUAAAAGGCGGCGAAGCGGCCCCACCCUGAGGCAGGCCGGCGGGCAGGUUUAGCGCGUCCCUUCCGUCCGGCCCGCGCCGGCGGCGGGGAGGCGGCGCGAGCGGCCCGUAGCCCACCCAUGGAGGCUUUUCCCUGGGCGCCCCGCUCGCCCCGCCGCGGCCGUGCACCCCCGCCCAUGGCGCUCGUGCCUAGCGCCCGCUACGUGAGCUCCCAGCGCCCAGUGCACCCGCAACCCUUCAGCUCGUGGAACGACUACCUGGGGCUCGCCACGCUCAUCACCAAGGCGGUGGACGGCGAGCCGCGCUUCGGCUGCGCCCGCGGCGGGGACGGCGGCGGCGAGGGUUCCCCGCCCUCCUCUUCUUCCUCGUCGUGCUGCUCCCCCCACGCUGGGGCCGGGCCCGGGACACUGGGGCCCGCGCUGGGGCCGCCCGACGACGACGACGACGACGACGACGACAGCGACGAGCCGGGAUCCCGGGGCCGCUACCUGGGGGGCGCGCUGGAGCUGCGCACGCUAGAGCUGUGCGCGGACCCUGCCGAGGCCGGGCUGCUGGAGGAGCGUUUUGCCGAGCUGAGCCCGUUCGCUGGUCGCGCCGCCGCCGUGCUGCUGGGCUGCGCCCCCGCCGCUGCUGCCACCGCCGAAGUGGCGCCGCGCGAGGAGCGGGCCGCGGCGUGGGCGGCUGAGCCCAGGCUGCACGCCGCCUCCGGGGCGGCCGCCGCCCGGCUGCUCAAGCCCGAGCUGCAGGUGUGUGUGUUCUGCCGGAACAACAAGGAGGCGGUGGCGCUCUACACCACCCACAUCCUGAAGGGACCCGACGGGCGAGUGCUGUGCCCCGUGCUGCGCCGCUACACGUGCCCCCUGUGCGGCGCCAGUGGUGACAACGCACACACCAUCAAGUACUGUCCGCUCUCCAAAGUGCCGCCGCCGCCCGCCACCCGCCCGCCGCCGCGCAGCGCCAGGGACGGCCUGCCCGGCAAGAAGCUGCGUUGAGGACCCGGGCUCCGGUCUGCUGCUGCCACCUGACGCCACCAGGGUCGCCGCCUGCCCACUCUCGUAUUUGGUCUGCGCACUCUCUCUCCCUUGCUGCUGGGGAGCAUGGAGCUCAGCAGUUGGCUCAACUUGGGAUGUCGUCUUGGUUUUCUCAAAGGAAGCCGACGGUACUGAGUACUUUCCUGUCGAAGAGCGGUUGAGAGUAGACGCUAAAGUCUUGAUUUAUCUCUGGUUUGUGCACAUCCAGACGGUGAAGGCUGGGUAUUCCGCUAACUGAAAUGUGGCAACUUAGAGGCGCUGUUUAUUUAUACGUCGACCUAUUUUAGAUGCGCAUCAGUAUGAAAUUGUCUCAGUCUAAUCUUGGAUGUUUAAUUUUAUGAAUGGAGGCACUUUAUUAGGUCUAGAAUAUUUUUUUAAAAGCCUCUUAACUGAACUGGCGAUUUUAUGGAAUGUCAGCAAAAUGACUUUUAUUGUUUGAAACAAGUAAUAUUUCUGUUGUCCUUAAUCAGUUAUUAUAAUUCCAGGCGAAGCAAGCCCCCCUGCCUGGUAGCAUCAUUAAGUGAAGGCUUAGUAAACUUUCCAGUAUUAGUUUGGGUGGGUGUUCCCUCCUUGUGGCUUGUUUCUGUCCUAGCUGGAUGUAGCAGGUAGAAUACAGCUCCUUAUCCUUUUAUGUACCAGAUCUUUUAUUACUGAACGAGCAACUAGUGUUUUCCACCUUUAAAAGUCGUGCCAAGUUAUAAUGUGUACACACUUGAAAAUGGUGCUGUUUAAAAAAACUUGUGCAUUUAUACAGUAUGUUAAUUCAUUAAUCUUGCCUUUAACUCUGGUACUUGGCCUUUUGUCUAUGCCCCCCACCCCAUUCCAGUUUUGCAAAACAUUUGUCAUCCUUCAGAUCAAAAGGGAGUAGUAUUAAUUCACUGUCUGAAUUGCUCAAUUUCAGGGUUCCUGAAUAGUGGAAAGCUCAUUCCAGCUGUUGCCUCUCAAACUAAAUGUAAGAUUGGAAUCCUUUGAGCUCUGGAAGGUCAAUGUAAUAACCUGGGUUCAGGAAGGUUCCACUCUGGGCUGUGUUGGCUUUAAGCAUCAGAGGCAGUCCUCAAACUGGUAUAAGCACUAAUUAAAGGAACUAUUGUGGGCGGGGGGGCAGGAGACAAGGAACACAGCCUCUCUGAUGUUCCCAUUCUCACUGGAAGAUUACCCUUCUCUUUCUGGAAUCCCACCAGUUAUCCAUAAAUGAGAUUAAAUCUAAUCCUUAGCAAAGGUGCUUGACUCCUACUUUAACCUCCCACCCUCAUUUUCAAAUCCACUGUAGUGAGCACCACGCCAUAUCUACCAUCAGGACAGACACAGAAGGCAAAAAUGGAAAUGAAUUAAGAUGAAGUCAUCUGAAAUGUAUAAAAUCACUCUCUGAAAAUACCAGCAAGAGAUUUAGUCUUAUAGAGGUUCCAGGAGAGCUUAGCUAGGUUAUUAAAAAUUAGACUGCUUUCAUGGUAAACAACUAACUUCCUCCACAGCCAAUUUGCCUGAUUUGAACAUCCUUUGAAGCUGCUGUAACACUGGGGGGGCUUCCCUGGUGGCGCAGUGGUUGAGAGUCCGCCUGCCAAUGUAGGGGACACGGGUUCGUGCCCCGGUUUGGGAAGAUCCCACAUGCCGCAGAGCGGCUAGGCCCGUGAGCCAUGGCCGCUGGGCCUGCGCGUCCGGAGCCUGUGCUCCGCAACGGGAGAGGCCACAACAGUGAGAGGCCCGCGUACCGCAAAAAAAAAAAAAAAAAAAAAACACUGGGGAUAGCUAUGAGCGUUUAUUGGUCAAAGGAAGGUGCAUGGGCGGGGGAUGGACAGGAUGAUUUCUUGGUCAGGAAAAAAUAAUCCACUUGACUAGGCCUAAACUCAAGUAGCUUAAUAAAACCAUGAAAUUAACUUAUUUUCUUCAGUUUUGCUAGAAAACAUACCAGUUUAAAUUAGACUUGCUUUUUAAGGAGUUUUCAGGUCAACAUGAAUUCCUGUUACCUCUUGCCACUGCUCUAACUGUACCUUUUCAAGAGUCAUCAUUAACUGAGAGGUGCAUUCUCCAGACCAGAAGGUAUGGUUAAGGUGACUUAUAACCAUAUCAGCCCCCAAAUUUGCCUGUUCUCCAGCUAACUUUAACUCCCAGUAUUUUACACAUGAACAGGGAAUAUCAGUAGUUUUGCAGAGAUCUCUUACGAAAAGUUUACUAACCACGCUAAUACAUUUAAAAGCAACUCUCAAUCUGAAACAUGUUUUAAACACUUGAAAAAGCUAAAUUUAGGGUAAAAGAAACCCAAUUUUUUGAAGUGUUAAAAAGUAUCCACAAUAGUGUCAUGAAGUUGUUUUCAUAAGAACAGACUGCAUAUUUGGCCAAAAAAAAAAAGUAUGGAAUCCUCAAAAGAGCUUCACCAACUGUGCAGGCACAGACUGCUUUAUAUUUUAAAAUUAUACCACAAAUACACAUGUACUUCAAAGAAAAAUUUCAGUGUUAGUCCUAAUUCUCUAAUCUGUUCUUAGCUACAAUAUGAACAUUCCAUUAAUUUCCUGUAUAUUUCAAUUAGACUUAUGAAAUCAUGAAUCAGUCUACAGCCAAAUCAUGCCACACCAUAUAGGCACCAACCUCCUCCUGGUAGCCACUAUGGACAACUACUAGGAUGUCGAGUCUUUUUUGGGCCGUUGUCUCUGCCCUCAGACCCAUCCAUAUUGACACAAAUAAUAUCCCCAACUAAAAAUGCAGAAAUCAGGCUUCCCUGGUGGCGCAGUGGUUGAGAGUCCGCCUGCUGAUGCAGGGGACACGGGUUCGUGCCGCGGUCCGGGAAGAUCCCACAUGCCACGGGGCCGCUGAGCCUGCGCGUCCAGAGCCUGUGCUCCGCAACGGGAGAGGCCACAACAACAGUGAGAGGCCCACAUACCGCAAAAAAAAUAAAUAAAUAAUAAAAUAAAAAUAAAAA